CUCACACGAAUAAAAAAGAAAAAAAUUUUCUCGUUGUCUGGCGCAUAUAAAUGAUCGUUUUGAGUUCGUGUCUCUGUGCUUUAUCCCUUCUUUUUUCAAACCCUCCAAAACCCAACAACAGCAGAUUCUGAAAGGGCGAAAUGCCUAUACCUGUUGCUGUACCGUCCUCUACGCUAGAUCAUUGCAGCAUUUCAACUUCUGAUGCCACCAGAAAACUCAUUCAAAUUAUUCUACGUGCUCGCCUGGGUACCCAGUAUGGGUGCGCACAGGACCACCUUGACAUUUGUUGCUUUGGUCUGAAGCACCACCAUCUCCAGCGCAUUCGUGGUAGCUUUUCAGUUGUCGUUCAUAUUCUCCAAAAGACCAACAACGCCACUAACGAUAGCGGAACUUUGUUGGAGCGCUGGAUCAUGUCUUUGGAUCCAACAACAACGACAACAGCGACAACGACGACGACAGACGAAACAGAUGCCAUUUUGCUACUCCAAGCGGUUUAUUCCCACACACGUCUCAUGCCUGUCCACACGCUGCUUUCCAAUAAUGGUUUGAAAAAAUCCGAUUUGGCUGCCAUGAUCACCGUCGAUGGGUAUCGUUGUUAUUCACGUUCCUGUCCUCCAAACACCGAUUUCCCGCAUAGCGCACAUAUCAAAACACACCAGUUUCUUCCCAAAGGCCGUGUCAACCUCAAAGUAAUGUAUCUGGAUGCUCAUGCAGAUGAGCCAUCGGUUCCAUGUGGUGUUGCCAUGCGACGCUUGUCCCGCCUUUCGUUGUCCGCCAUUGAAGAUGAUACGGUAACAGCAACGACAGCGGUGCAUGAACAUGAUCAAGACCAGCAGCAGCAGCAACAGCAUGACCAACAGUAUCAACAACACAAUUAUCAUCAUCCAUUUGCUCAGCAACAACCACGCGAACCACCCUACCUUACAACACCCAUACCACCUACUAAAAAGACAUUGUCAGCAAGCAUUCCCAUACCAAACAUGCAGUAUACCCAUCAUCAUGGCCUUGUUGCCUAUUCCACCUCCCCCUCCCCCUCGUUCGGUACCCGUGCUCCCUGGCUUGCUGUUCCACCGACACCGACAAAUCAUCUUCACCAUCAACAAGGACGACGUACAUCGUGGACAGCCGACCACGGUGGCUCACUUGUAGGCAGCUAUGAAGAAUCUCUGCUAAGUGGACGCAUGUCCGCCAUGCCAUCCAAACCCAUUCUGUUCCAAGCACAAAUUGGCGUGCUGGGCAAAGAAUGCAAGCCUUCGCUUCGAUGUCCACCGCAUCGUGCCAUCACAUUUCCUGCGUUUUUCUACGAUUUACAAGACCAUGUACCGCCCUAUGUAGGCACCGUUGAUUUGUUACCUCCUUAUCGUCUGCCACCUAAAGGCCAACUGCAGGUGGUGAUCAAAAACCCAAACAAGACGGCCGUCAAGUUGUUCUUGAUUCCAUACGAUGUGUCGGAUAUGCCAAAAAACACAAAGACGUUUUUGCGCCAAAAGUCUUAUGAUGGCCAUUCGUUGCGCUAUGCCGUCCAGGUCCAGCUGUGCAGAACGGAAAAGAAACGUGUUUAUCUGUACAAGCAUAUCAGAGUUGUGUUUGCAAACAGGAUUGCGGAUGCUCGAGAAAAGCUAAAGGUGACCUGUGAAGGACCUCAGGAGCGUGGGCCGUUGACAAGGGCGGAUUUGGACUUGCUUGGUACAUUAUGAAAUGUACGUCGUUGUCAUUAUUUCUCACACACACAUAUACCUUUCAUCUUCCAUCGCUAACCCCUCCCCCUUUCUUUCCCCUUCCCUCUCCUCAUUCUCUAUUUCCUAUCUCUCCCCAAUAAGUGAAUUGUACAUUUCGAAUCGUCUGUCUGUUUUUUUUUAACUGUAUAUAAAUGACUGCUAUAUCUCAUUUGAAG